AUGGCAACCAACGAAGACCAGAACAAGGCCCCGGUAGACCAAGUCGAACACGCACCCGCCCACCAGGAAACCACAAUUCACCGCCGCGAUGCCGCCGCAGAGCUCUUGGGCAAAUCAGGCGCCUCGCCAGAGGACCGCGUCGUCGUCACGCCCGCAGACAACGCCCGCGUCUUGCGCAAGAUCGACCUCGUCAUCCUCCCCCUGAUGCUCUUCGUCUACUUUCUCCAGGGCAUCGACAAGUCCACCCUCGCCUACGCCUCCGUCUUUGGCCUCAUUGAGGAUACGGGGCUCGUCGGGGACCAGUACUCGUGGCUCGGAUCCGUCGUCUACCUCGCUCAGCUGGUGAUGCAGUUCCCACUCGCGUGGCUGCUGGUUAAGUUGCCCGUUGGCAAGUUUACCAGUUGCAUGGUUGCCUUCUGGGGUAUCACUCUGUCUUGCAUGGCGGCGGCGCACAACUUUGGUGGGCUCUUGGCUGCGAGGCUCUUUCUUGGGGCGUUCGAGUCUAGUGUUGCGCCGGCGUUCGUGGGAAUUACGCAGAUGUGGUGGCGACGACGUGAGCAGACGCUGAGGAUAAGUUACUGGUACGCCAUGAACGGCUUCACCAACAUGUUUGGUAGUCUCAUUACCUAUGGCCUCGGACACAUCUCUUCUCCCCUCAAGGAGUACCAGAUCAUCUUCAUCUUCUUCGGUAUCAUCACUGUGGUCUUCUCCGUCAUCAUGUUCCUCUACAUGCCCGAUUCCCCCGUCGAAGCCAAGUUCCUCAACGACCAUGAUAAGCUUAUCGCCAUUGAGCGUCUUCGCAUGAACCAACAGGGUGUCAUGUCCCGCGAGUGGCGCUGGGAUCAUUUCAAGGAGAGCAUGUUGGACAUCAAGACGUGGUGCUGGUUUUCCCUCGUCUUUUCCAUCUCAAUCCCGUCUGGUGGAAUCUCCACGUUCGGCCCGCUGAUUAUCAAGUCCUUUGGCUUCGACUCCUUCCAGACCAUCCUUUUCAACAUCCCCUUUGGUUUCGUCCAGCUCGUCGCCACUGUCGGCGGCUCUUGGAUCGCUACUAAGAUCCAUAAGAAGGGCCCAGUCAUUGCCGGGCUCUGCAUCCCACCCAUUGCUGGCUGCGUUAUGUUGAUGGUCCUUCCCACCAGCGGCCAGCAAGCCGCACGACUAGUGGGAUACUAUCUCAUCUCUGUCUACCCAGGAAUCACACCCCUUAUCUACUCCUGGUCCGCCGCCAACACAGCCGGCGAUACCAAGCGAAAGUGCACAUCCGCGGUCCUCUUCAUUGGCCAAUCAGUCGGCAACGUUGUCGGUCCAUUACUCUACAAGCCUGCCGAAGCACCCAGAUACACCCGUGGCCUGACGUCAAACCUCGUUCUCUACUGCGUCAUUGUCGUUCUUGUCGUCCUCGUCAGCCUGUACCUCGCCUUCCUCAACCGUUCGCACAGCAAGCGCCGCGUGGCUAUGGGUAAGAGCGCCGUCAUCAUCGACACGAGUUUGUUCUCCGCGGCCGAGGCUGAGAAGGCCAAGCAGGAGCAGGCUGCGCAGGCAGCUGGGGAUAAUGGGCAUGAGAUGGCUGCCGCCGGGGAGGAGCAGGCUGAGGAGAACGUGGGUGCAAGAGCGUUCGACAACUUGACGGAUUUGGAGAAUGAAGAGUUUGUGUUUGUAUUCUAG